CGGGGUAUUACAAUUAAAACGUUUAAGACACUUCUUGACGAAAAACGUUUUCGGCCGUCGCUUGUGUCACGCCUCGGGCGUUGUACCGUCAUCAUCAUUAUUCAUUAACAAUAUAAAUUAUAAACGAUGAUAAUUAAUUUAUCAAUAAUAGUAAUAACGAGAAGAAGAAUCUUUAUCGUCAUCGGCCGAAACGCGGCGCAUUAUGGUGUUUAGUCUUGAAAAUGUAACGCGAUAUAAUGUUAUUCGUACAUAUUUCGAUAAUAUCGUAUGAACGGCACCACUGCAUGAUAAAAAAUCACAGGCGGAGGCGGUGUCGAAUGAUAACAACGUCUGACAAUAUUGUAGCGUAACAUGUGGCCGCCGCCGGCCGGCGUCCACACGCGUCACGCAACAAUUUCUCGGAGCAUCGGUUAGUGAUGCAGCGGUUACUCACAGUCUAUAUUUUCGUCUCGAUGGUCGGCGCAAUAAGUCGCGUCUAACUCUUGACCGCCUAUCGAUGGUCUUCGCUCGCCCGACAUGAUCCGCCGUCCAUUACAAUUAUAUCAUUACAGCAGCCACCAGCUACAGUAGUCGGUCCAUCGGCGAUCGGCGGGUGACGGCUGUCGAAACUGUCCAAGUAUCGGAAAUCCAACAAAACAGCUGUUCAUAUAUAAAUAUAUAGUCACUGCGGGAUACGCGAGGAUACUAGAACAUCACGGGAUAAUAGGAUGGACCUUUGCCAAUUCUCCGGCUCGUCCAGACAGAUCGCCGCGUGCAUUGUCGCGUCGUUUCCCGUGUUCAUGGCGGGAAUCGUGCUCGGAUGGCCAUCGCCGGUCAUGGAGUACAUGUUGGCCGGACGGGCGCCCCUGUCGCUGACUCCGGCUCAGAUGUCGUGGAUGGUCGCGUGCAUCGACAUCGGCAACUUCGCCAUGGCCGUGCCCGCGGGAUGGCUGAUGGACCUGAUCGGCCGCAAGUACGCCGUCACCACGUCUGCACCGCUCAUGUUGACAGGAUGGAUGUUCAUAAUAUUUGGACGACAAGCUUGGUGUCUGUUCGUGGCCAGGCUGCUCCAGGGGGCCGCCGUGGGAAUCGCAUGGGUGGUGGUUCCGGCGUACGUCGGUGAGAUGGCCAGCUUCCAGAUACGUGGCAAGCUCAGCCUGUUGGUGCAGCUCAGCUACGCGUUUGGCCUGCUGUUCUCGUACUCGGCUGGUUGGUUUCUAGCCGACUAUAUCGCACUGACCGCCGCGUCAGCUUGCGUCGCGGUCGUGUCCGGAGCGCUGUUCCUGUUCCUGCCGGAGUCGCCGUACUAUCUGAUGCUGGACGGUCGACCGGAAGAGGCGGCCGUGUGCCUGUGGUCUCUGCGGAGUUACACUGACGAUGAUCUACAGGCCGAACUGUUGUCCGUUAAAAGCUCCAUUUCAAACGACAGGGAUAAAGGGAGCGUCGGAGACCUGUUAAACAGAGACCGUCACCCGCUGGUGAUCGUCAUUGUGUUGGCCGUGCUGCAAAUGGCCUGUGGGGCGGGAGUGUUGGAGGCGUACGCGGCAUCCAUCAUGUCGGGCACCAAUAUUUCGGCCAACGCGUCCGCUGUCUACUUGGGCCUGGUCGUGUUGGUGGCAGCCGUGCCGUUCGCGCUGGUUGUGGACCGGUGCGGCCGGCGGCCACUGAUGAUCGUCUCGUGUUUCGGCACAGCCGCAUGCCACGCGGUCAUGGCCACCGUUCUCUGCCGGCGGGACGUCGUCGGCAGUAGUUGGCAGCCUCUGUUCUGGCCAAUAGCUGGAGCCCAGUUCUUCAUCAACAUUGGUCUAAUGCCCUUGCUGUCCGUCAUCCAGUGCGAGUACUUCCCGUCUGACACUCGGGCCCUGGCCGACACGGCCGUCGUGAUGGCCGUCACGAUCACGUCCACGGUCAUGAUUACAAGCUACCAGCUGGUGGCCGACGCCCUCGGCGCCUCCGCAAACUUCGCUGUCUACUCGGCUGCUUCCCUGGCCGGUGGCCUAUUUUGUUGCCUGUUCAUGCCGGAGACCAAGCGAAAAUCGUUCACUGAAAUACAAAUGGACUUUCACAAGACUGAACGGCUCGACAACGACAUAGUUCAGAAACUGUGUGAUUACCAGGAGAUCUGAGCCACACACACUUAUCGUAUUAUACGAAUACUUCACUGGGUGUUUGUUGACUACGGCAUUAUACAAAUUUAAACGUAUCAAAUCUUUUGAUGGUGCACCUGUACAAUAAAUUAUAAAUGUACAAAUUUUAAAUUAUGUGCCAAACGGUACGUAUAAAAUCGAUUCAUAUUAUAUUUCAACUCAAGAAUAUCGUCUUCUAAUUCCAUUAGAAGUUGUAGAAUUGUAUAUUGACUUAUUUAUUAAAUUUUAUUUAUUUUUACAUAUUUUCUAUUAAGACACAGAUGUACCUUUAUUAUUAUAUAUUUAUCAACAUCAUUUUUAAGGUUUUGCAUUUUAUUGACAAUGGUAUUUUCAAUUGCCUAGUGUUGGUACAUAUAAUAUUGUAAUAUUUUUUUAACGUGUCCUAUGAUCUGAUGAUCUGACUUCAACACUUUGCGUAUUAGUACAGAAAAUUAUUACCUGUUACACUUAACUAAACUCUAGAUAUAAUAUGAUAAACUGAACUAUAGACUUAGUACUAAAAAAUAAGGCCAUAAGUAGUAUACGCUUAGUAAUAAACGACUGUGUCAACAUUUAACAAAAACAUGUUCAGGUUGUGUUUGUUGAGGGCCAAGGGGUGGCUGUACUCACAAUCUGCGGCAACUUUCCGAUUGUACGUAUCUGCCGUCGUUGCUAGCACUGGGAUGGGUGACCACUUGGGUUUUUAGCAACACAUUCUUACCACACAUACAAACUUGUUCCAACCAACCUUUCCCAUACACAGUACCAAGCUAAUGAAUUUAGAAAUUGAAGCCUUAAUCCAAAUAAAAAAAAAUUGGGUUCAGAAUUCAAAAUUACAAAUGUACAAAA